AUGUUUAUUCCUGGCAAUCGAUCUGUUUCUGGCAUGACAGUGGCCCAGCGUGAGCGCAAGAGGGCAAAUGACCGCAGGAGCCAAAGAGCCAGUCGCGCAAGGACCAGACAGCAUAUUCAGCAUCUAGAAAGAGAACUAGAGAGUCUCAGAAAUAUACGUCCUGAGGAUGGCGGGAAUGAAAGCGCUGUCAUUCAAGAGCUGAUUAGACGUAACCAAGAAUUAGAGAUAGAGCUAAUACGGCUUCGCUCAACGAGCGUAUCCCCCCUUCCUGCUAAUUCCAACUUUGGUGGGAUCCCUGUCGCCGGCAGAGUAAAUGCCCCAAACCCAGCAGACCCUCUAAAUACCGAGGCAUCGUCAACAUAUUUGUCUGAAGGCAUACCGCCUGUUGAUGACAGAAAUCCGAUGGCAUCUUUGAUGACCCUUUCCUCAUCCUCGGUGGCGGAUGACUUUGGUGAAGCUUCCGGGACGAGUCAAAAUCUUGUCAACUAUACAAUGCCUAAUCAAUAUACAAGAACUGGUCUCUCAAGGAGCCCACCAAACUCGUCUAUGAUCACUACUCAGUACCGCGAGUACCGCGAGGAAAGCGGUACAGGUAUAAGAAGACAAGAGUUGCAAUACCCUGCACAAACAGAUAUGACGCCUUUUGCGGCAAGUACAUCUACAGCAACCUCUCAAGUUGACAUGCAACCUUUCGCUAGGGAAUCUGGGUCUGGUUACAGGACGGAUGAAUAUGAGAGCGAAGGACAAGGGCCUGUACAGCCACUGAGUUGGGAUCACUGGCAAGUGGAUAAGCCUGGCGGCGAGACAGAAUAA